AUGCCCGGCCAGGGGCAGUUGUCCUACUGGACUGAGCGCAGCUCUUCGGCAGAACUGCCCGCAGCGGCCCGGAGCGAGGGUUGCGGCGGCGGAUCUGGACAUUCUUAUUACCAGAAUUCCAAAGGUACUGAGAGACUCACAGAUGGACAUAAAGUGGAAUCACAUACAGCCAAGCUGCAAGAGUUAUGGAAAACUCCUCAAAUUCAAACAAUUCACAUCCCUAAAUCAAUGAAGGAUGCAUCCUUUCGAAAGCAUCCUGACUUCACCAUGGGCCAGAAACGCUACCUGUGCAGCAUUGCUAAGAUCUAUAAUGCCAACUACCUGAAAACAUUAAUGAAGAAGCAGUACAUACACGUGAUUCAGCGCAGCUCCCAGAAGCCAGGUGUCCUCACUCAUCACAGGAGCCGCCUCAGCUCACGUUACUCCCAGAAACAGCAUUACCCCUGCACCACAUGGCGACACCAACUGGACAGAGAGGGCUUGGGGCCUUCCAGCAUCACAGCAGCCUGUGCCCCUGAAAUGAUCGUGCCACACGCCCUCUGGCGACCAGCGAGAAACAAAGAGGGGUUGAAGACUGGAUAUUCAACUAAAACAAGAUGUAAGUCACUGAAGAUUUUUAGAAGACCAAGCAGGCUGUUCAUGCAACCAGUUUCUAUGAAUGAUUCUGAAUCAUACAUGAAUGAAGAAAAAAAGGAAGAAGAUUUACUAAAUAAGUGUAUGCAAUCAAUGUCAAUUGAAGAACAGGGAGAACAUCUGAUGUUGACUUGA